AUGAGUGAUAAUAAUUCAGACCAAACAGAAGUUUCGGAUGUUAAAGAAAACAAAACACCACCACAGAAUUCGACGCCCGCUAUUAAGAACCCUUAUUUCGAAAAUGUUGCUUCAGACGAUGAAAAUCAAUGCGAUUACAGCGUGCCUCCACCUUGCCCUCACAGCACAUACUAUAGCUUAAACGUACCGCCACCUCCAGAAACAAUGAAAGUCAAGUUUGAGUACACAAUGAAAGAUGGAAAGAAGAUUACACUCGAAAACCCUCUUCCACCCGAUUUACCACUUGACUCUGUAUUUGUUAAUCCUACAAAUGCGACAGACGCUUUGACAGAAAAUUUUGUGGGUGAUACUGACAUGAUUUGUUGCAGAAAUGAUAAUUUUGAGGCCGAAGAAGUCAUUUUUUAUGCUCUAAUAGCUCUCUUCCCACCAUCAGGAUUAGUUAUUUAUUAUUGUAUUCGAAAUUCUAAUCCAAAGCUUGCAGGAAACAUGCUUAAUGCUAUGAUGGCUUCACUUGUUAUCUUUGGAGUAAUAUUAUUUGCUAUCCUUUACUCAUAA